AUGGCUUUACUCCCCGUGGUGCUGUUUCUGACCACUGUGCUGCUUCCAUCUUUCCCCACUGAAGGAAAGGAUCCAUCCUUUACUGCUCUGAUAACCACUCAAGCUGAAGUCCAAAGAGAAAUUGUAAAUAAACACAAUGAACUAAGGAAAUCAGUCUCUCCACCUGCCAGCAACAUGCUAAAGAUGGAAUGGAGCAGAGAAGUGGCAGCAAAUGCCCAGAAGUGGGCAAACAAGUGCUCUUUAGAACACAGCAAUCCAAAUGAACGAAAGACCAGCACAAAAUGUGGUGAGAAUCUGUACAUGUCAAGUGACCCUACUGCCUGGUCGGAUGCAAUCCAAAGCUGGUUUGACGAGCGCCACAAUUUUGUCUAUGGUGCGGGACCAAAGAGCGCCAGUGCAGUUGUUGGACAUUACACUCAGCUUGUCUGGUAUUCAUCUUUCCGUGUUGGAUGUGGAAUUGCCUACUGUCCCAAUCAGGAGAGUCUAAAAUACUACUAUGUUUGUCAAUACUGUCCUGCUGGUAAUAACGUGAGUAAAAAGAACACCCCUUACCAACAAGGAACACCUUGUAGCAGUUGCCCUGGUAACUGUGACAAUGGAUUAUGCACCAAUACUUGCGAGUAUGAAGAUCUCCUCAGUAACUGUGAUUCCUUGAAGAAGACAGCUGGCUGUGAACACGAGUUGCUCAAGGAAAAGUGCAAGGCUACUUGCCUAUGUGAAGGCAAAAUUUACUGA